GAGGAUGGCUGGCUUCAGCAGUUGUGCACUUUAGUGCCCCUGUAUGAAGCGAACAAAUGACCCAUUCAGGUUUACUCAGUGUACUGGCCCUUAAUCUGCUGUCAUCUGCUAGGCUGCUCCUUUUCCCAGAAGUCAUGAUGACACCUGUGACAUCAAAUACAGAAGAGGUCUCUGGAGGCAUUUCUGGUCAGGAGAAUAUGUUGGGGCUAAUCACCGGAGCUGCUACUCCAGCAGUCACUAUGAAUAUGGAUACAAGCACAACCAGCCAAACCAUGUCCACCAGUCUGACAAGUCCAAAUCCAGCCAUGAAAACAUCAACAGAAAGUAAUCUGGAAAGUUCCACUGAUUUGAUUAUAACGUCUCCCCAGACAAACAUCAUGGGUCCACUCACAGACAGUGCCACAAACAGUGGAAGUGACCAAACAAAUUCCAUCAGUUUCACUAACAGCAAAAGUGAACGCACAACCUUAAUGAGUAUGGCCCCCAGUGUAAGUGACCAGAUGAUUUUACCGAGUGUCACGGACAGGAUAAGUGAUAAAACAAGUACGAUAAGCAUCCCAAACAGCACAAAUGACCAAACAAGCUCGAUGAGUACAGCUACUAAAGAAACUUACCAAACAACAUCAGUUCAAACAUACAAGGAUGUAAAUAACCAGACAACCCCCUUAAGUACACCUUCUAGAAUGGACCAAACAAGUUUAACGAGUACAGAUACCAGCACAAGUGACCCGACAAGUAUAAUAAGUAGCACUCCAUCCAUGAGUGAACAAAUAUUUCUUACAAAUAUUGAUAAUAGCAUGAGUGACCAACCACUUUUGGAGAACACAGAUACCAUCGAAACUACAAAAACUACAUCAGUUCAAAAUGAAAUAACUAUAAGUGACCAGGCACUUUCAACAAGUGACCAAACAAGAUUUAUAUUUAUCACCACAACGUUAAGUGACCAAACAAGUGUGACAAGUUCAAGCAACCAAAUGGAUAUCACUACCGGUGCAAAAAAUCAAACACGUUCAGCAGAUACCAGUACUGGUGCAAAUGACCAAACAAGAUCAGUGGAUACCACUACUGGUGCAAAUGACCAAACAAGUUCAGUGGGCACUACUACUAAUAGAAAUGACCAAACAAGUUCAAUGAGUAUUGCUACAAGCACAAGUGACCAAACAAGCACAAUGGUAACUACUUCUGGCAAUAGCGACCCAACUAGUUCAAUGAGUAUUGCUACAAGCACAAGUGACCCAACAAGUUCAGUGGGCAUUACUACAACCAGAAGUGAUCCACCAAGUUCAGUGGACUCUUCUACCAACACAAGUGACCAAAGAAAUUCAGUGAACACUACUAAUACUGUAAGUGAGCUAACAAGUUCUGUGGAUACUACUACUAAUAGAAAUGACCAAACAAGUUCAAUGAGUAUUGCUACAAGCACAAGUGACCAAACAAGCACAAUGGUAACUACUUCUGGCAAUAGCGACCCAACUAGUUCAAUGAGUAUUGCUACAAGCACAAGUGACCCAACAAGUUCAGUGGGCAUUACUACAACCAGAAGUGAUCCACCAAGUUCAGUGGACUCUUCUACCAACACAAGUGACCAAAGAAAUUCAGUGAACACUACUAAUACUGUAAGUGAGCUAACAAGUUCUGUGGACACUACUACUAGCACAGGUGACCAAACAAAUUCAAUGACUAUGGCUAUAAGCGUAAGUGACCAGACAAAUUCAGUGGGCACUACUACUGGCACAAGCAACCGAACAAGUUCCAUGACUUUUGCUAUUAGUGAAAAUAUCCAAACAAGUCCAAUGGACACUACUAUUGGCACAAGUGCCCAAACAAGUUCAGUGGGCACUACUACUACCAGAACUGAGCAAUCAAGUUCAGUGGACUCUUCUACUAACACAAGUGACCAAACAAGUCCAGUGGCCAGUACUACUGGCACAAAUCACCAAACAAGUUCAAUGACUAUUGCUAUAAGUACAAAUAACCAAACAAGUUCAAUGGAUACUGACAUUACUAGUACAACCACAAGUGACCCAUCAAGUUCAGUAGAUUCAACAACUAACACAAAUGACAAAACUAAUUUAGUGGCCCCUACUACUGGCAGAAGUGACCAAACAAGUUCUGCGGACACUACUACCAACACAAGUGAGCAAAGAAGUUCAGUGAGUUUUGCUAUAAGCAAAAGUGAGCAAACAAGUUCAGCCGUCACUACUACUAACACAAGUGGGCAAACAAGUUUGAUUAACACUUCUACUCAUACAAGUGGUCAAACAAGUUCAGUGGUCAUUUUUACUAGCACAAGUGAGCAAACAAGUUCACUGAGUUUUGCUAUAAGCACAAGUGACCAAACAAGUUUAGAGGCCACUACUACUCCUGUAAGUAAACAUGCAAGUUCAGUGGACACUAUUACUGGUGCUAGUAAUCAAACAAGUUCAAUGGAUACAACUACUGGUGAAAAUCAUCAAAUAAGUUCAUCAAAUAAUACUACUACUGGCACAAGUGAGCAAACCAGUUCAAAGGUAACUAGUACUGGUAUAAAUUACCAAACAGUUUCAUUGAGUACCUUUACAAGCCUGAGUGAGCACAUCAGUUCAAUUACUCCUUCUGGCACAAGAGACCAAAUCAGUUCAAUGAAUACCACUACUGGUGCAAAUGACCAAAUAAUUUCAUCAAGUAUGGUAACAAGCACAAGUGACCAAAUCAGUUCAGUGAGUACAAAUGAGCAAAGCAAUUUAAUGAGAAGCUCUACAAGAACAAGUGACCGAACCAGUUUACUGAGUGCUGCUACAAGCACCAGUCAACACACCCAUUCAAUGGACAAUACUACAGGAAUGAGGGACCAAACAAGUUCAGUAAUUGCUGCUAUAAGUAAAAGUGACCAAACAGUUUCAAUGGAUUCUUUUACUCAUGCAAGUUCAAAUGCAAGCAGUCCUACAAGUAGAGUCGAUCAUGAAACUCAGACAUUUACCUCAAGCUAUACAAGCCUCAAGUCAGUCUCAACAGCUCAAGAGUUUUCUAAAAGUCAACCUGUGACUACAGACUUUACAACUGGCAUCAAUAACUUGUACGUACCAUUAAAUAUAUCUUUUCCAGGAGGUGAUUAUAUAAUUGGAAUUACUUCCUUUGCUGUGGCUUCACUCUUGGCAAUCAUAAUCAUAGCCAUCAUUUAUCUUAAAAAAAAAAAACGCCAGUCUGCGCAUGAAGAAGAAAGUGCAAAAGUUGUGUACUCCACCAUUUUUUCAGAUUCCUACAGUUACUCUUCAGAAAUUCACAUAACCAGUUCGAUCUACAGUGAAAUCCCGAUAAAUACAUCACAAGUGGAAGGAGACAAAUCUGUGUAUGCCACCAUUUCUUACAAUAAACCAAGCACUUCAGUGCAAAUUCCAGAAUCCAGCAUAGUCUACAGCAAUGUGAAAGUCAUGAAUGACUGGAAGACGUGGGUUCCAUUAAAUACAAAAACAGUGUAUUCAAAAAUUAGGGAAAUAGGCCCAUCUGAAAGGAAUCAAGCAGACCUAGAAACCAAUCAUUAUGGUCUCAGCAGUUUGGAUAUCUCAAAGCAGGCUGCAACAAACUUUCCAAUCUAUGCUAAAGUGAAGGGCAUGAAGGGGAACAGGAACAUGGCGCCCCUCAGUGCAGUGACUGAACAUGCAGACACUACACAUCAAACAGAAGGUGAAAAAAACAGAUAUCCUAAUACAACUUCCAAUAAUUUACUGCAGCCAUUGGGAAGCUACCCAGUUUAUGCUAAAGUGAACAAGAAGGAUAAAAGAGGCAUGACUCCCAUUAUUGAAAUGGAGGAAUUUCCUGAAAUGAUGAGACAGUCAGAAAGACAGGACAUACAUGGAUAUAUUGACUUAAAUAACACACCACAGGCAUCAGAAAACUUCCCACUGUAUGCAAAAGUCAUUGGAAAGAAGGGUAAAAGCAACAUGGCACCUGUUAGUAAAACUACAGAUUGCACUGAUAAAGUGCAGAAUCAGUUGGAUAAAGAAGACAGUGACUGUGAUUUCAAAGCUUUAAAUAAUAUGCUGCACACAUCAGGCAACUUCCCACUGUAUGCAAAGGUUGUGGGCAAACAUGGUAACAGGGAUGUGGCUCCUGUGACACAAGAGGGUGCUGUCACUCCUCUAAACCGACAGACAGAUGUGCAGGAUACCAGAUAAAAUGUCGUCCUCCUCUUAUGCUCUCAAUUUUGUCUGACCUGGUGGAGAGACUUCUUUUCAUACAUACACCUAGGAGUACUUCCAGUUCAUCAACAGUGCACCCAGGAAGCUUUCUGGUCAGGUGGAACGUCCACAUUAUACUGGCCUGCCAGAUGAGAAAGGGACCACUAGCGAUUCUUUCUAGGAUCCUGACCUGUCUAUAACACCUGACACAUCCAUUGUCUGGUAGAGAGGUGAGAAAUACAUGAAAGCCAAAUGUAUCUUCAAGAAAUGGAUCAAAGGUCUGAAAAGAAAGUGCUCAGAACAAGCUGCAGGAACAGUUGUCUGCAAAUGACAGCAUAUCAGUCUGGAGAGACCUUGAACAGGUCACUUACUAUAAGAAACAAAUAUCAAACAGUUCUGCUGAUCCCAGUCUGGCUAAUCAGUUAAAUCUGUUUUACGAUCGAUUUGAAAGACAAUGGGCCAUAAAUCUACUGGAUGUCUUACUAUUUCUACUCUACGCUCCUCUUCUUCUCAGCUUCUGCCUCCUGUCAUCACUGCAAAAGAUGCUUAUUCAAAAAGCAAACUAUUAAAAAAGCUGCAGGCCUGGACCUCAUUUUCCCUUCCACACUAAGACAAUGUGCAGACCAGUCGUCUACAGUAUUUGCAGACAUUUUCUACCAAUCUCUGGAUCUGUGCACUGUUCCUGCCUACUUCAAGACCUCCACCAUCAUAUCACAGGCUGGAACGACUACAGACCAAUAGCUUUAACCUCUGAGGUAAUGAAGACCUCUGAAAGCCUUAUUCUGAAUUAGCUCAACAAUGCAACAAAAGACUUCCCGGACCCAUUUCAAUUUACAUACAGAGCCAACCGGUGUGUGGAUGAUGCAGUGAAUUUAGGUCUGAGCUUUAUUUACUUUGAUAAGCCAGGGGCAUAUGUGAGGAUCAUGCUUGUGGACUUUAGAUCUGCUUUCAAUAUAAUCAUCCCAGAGUUCCUAGAUCGUGAAAGCUAAAAGAAUACGUCACCUAAAAUGUUUUUUCCGUGUGCUGUUAUUCUGACAGUAGACUGCCUAAACAUUUUAAUCCUAUCAUCUCUUUAUUUUUUUAUUGCCCUUGUAUGCUGCAUCAUACGAGUAUAAGUUUAUAGUUUAUCUUCUUAUAUUUAUCUUUUGUAUUCUGUGUUGUCCUUGUAUGUUGCAACAAUACUAUCAAGACAAAUUCCUGGUACAUAUUAGUGUACCUGGCUAAUAAAUUGAAUUCUGAUUGUGAUUCUGACCUAUAGUACAUGUGUAUGUAUUUGUGUGUGUGGAGAUAACAUAGUAUGCACAAAUAUUGCAGAGAUGCUCUACAGCAGGGGCGUCCAACUCUGAUCCUGGAGGCCCUUUUUCUAAUCAGUGUCCAGUUUUCACUGCUAAUUAACUUAUUUUCCCU